GCCGGCAGGCUGCAGCGCCCGCAGCUCAGGUGCUUCGGCGGCUCCACGUCGCCAGGCAGACCGCAGUCCGGCGCGAACCGAAUUCGUCCCGCCGCUUCUGUGAGCCUCGGCGAGUCUUGGCGUUCGGAUCGCCGGCCGUUCGGCUCCAGCGAGGUCAUGGCGGGGCCGGGCCCGGGCCCAGGGGACCCGGACGAACAGUACGAUUUCCUGUUCAAGCUGGUGUUGGUCGGGGAUGCAAGCGUGGGCAAGACGUGCGUGGUGCAGCGCUUCAAGACUGGCGCCUUCUCGGAGCGCCAGGGCAGCACCAUCGGCGUCGACUUCACCAUGAAGACGCUGGAGAUCCAGGGCAAGCGGGUCAAGCUGCAGAUCUGGGACACGGCCGGCCAAGAACGCUUCCGCACCAUCACCCAGAGCUACUACCGCAGUGCUAACGGGGCCAUCCUCGCCUACGACAUCACCAAGAGGAGCUCCUUCCUGUCGGUGCCCCACUGGAUCGAGGAUGUGAGGAAGUACGCGGGCUCCAAUAUCGUGCAGUUGCUGAUCGGGAACAAGUCGGACCUCGUGGAGCUCCGGGAAGUCCCUCUGGCCGAGGCGCAGAGCCUGGCGGAGCACUACGACAUCCUGUGUGCCAUCGAGACGUCAGCCAAGGACGCGAGCAACGUGGAGGAGGCUUUCCUGAGGGUGGCCACGGAGCUCAUCAUGAGGCACGGGGGCCCCAUGUUCACCGAGAAGGGCACCGACCACAUCCAGCUGGACAGCAAGGACAUUGGCGAGAGCUGGGGCUGCGGCUGCUGACCGGCGGGGCCAGGGGCCUCCUCACCCCUUUUUUCUCUCUGGCCAGCCCAGUCCUGGAGGUGGGGGGACCCUCUGGGGCUCUGGUGAUUCUUGAGCCAGGUCUAUCUUUACCUUUAUCCUGGAAUGAUCCAUCCAGGAUGCUUGAAGGGGAAGCCACCCAGGAGGAAGGAAGCAACCGAGCCAGCGGCUGUCCCCCUCCUCGUUCUUCACAUUCCAGAACUGGCCCAAGCCCGCCAGUGUGGACAGCGGUGGAGGAGGGGCCCGGAAUGUGCCCUCCCGCUCUGUUCCACAUUCACUGUCUCUGACCAUUUCAUUCCUUGAGUUUGCUGCAACUGGAGUGGCAGGGGUUGCUGCUUUCUAGGGAUGUGGCUGGCAUCCUGGCUCCUUCCGGGUCAUUCCAGGGCCUCGGUCCAGAGCAGCGGAGAAGAGCCUGCACUGUGGGUCACCCAGACUCUGCUCUUGUGCUCAGAAACCUCCCCCAAAGAAGCCCUAACUCCUCCCAGCGGAGGAAACGUCUUCCUUUUUCACUGCCAACUCUGAGCUCCCAGAUGCCUCUGGGGCUGGCCUGCUGCCUUAUACAAGAACUCUGGAGUUUUCUGAU